ACAGACGACAAUUUAGUUGUUCCGAGACGUUGGCGAGCAUUGCGUUCUCGUUUUAUUUCGACCUCACUCUCAGUUGUAGCUUAGCGAAAUGCACUUGACAUCCACGCUGAUUGGCCUUCUUAUCAUCGGCACGGGACUCGAGCUGCCCACUCCAAUCGCAGCCCAGUUCUGGAAGACACCAAAUAAGGACAACAACAAUCUAAACUGGCGCAAUGAGGCGUUGGCCAGAAGACCAUCCGGCAUCUGCUACAAGACUCUUACUGUGGAUACCGUGAAUCCCAAUUCGAGAAGUCGACAGAUCUCCUUCUGCUGCAAUGACUAUGUGAAUAAAGGCAACAACCAACUUCUGAAAUGUGAGCCCAUCUGCAGGGAGGAUUGCUCGAAUGGCCUGUGCAUUACGCCGGGAGAUUGCGAGUGUGCUCCUGGAUACGAGCGGAGGGACAGGAAGUGCCGAAAUGGGUUGAAUAGAGAUUAAUAAAUAAAUAUAUUAACGCAAACUAA